ACUAAGACACACUGAGAGCCGGUCACCUCCUGCCAGCACUGCCUCCAACCUGUCGUAAGGACUUCAGCGGAGGCGCAAACAGAGAAACUUGUGUUGGAGGCUCGUUAGAACAGAUUAAUUACUGCCGGCUGAGGAGGAAGUUGAGGGCGUGUAAUGGGUUAACUGCGGAAGGCCUCGCCUCACCUUUAGCGCGCGUCACCCGGCUGUGUGAAGUGGCCCCACCAUCCCAGCGACCACAGAGGGAGAAUCACCGCCUCCCUCCGCCGCCUGACGCGCAUCCUCGCCCGGUCGCUCUCACCACAUCCCUGUCGGUCUCCGCCCCGCCGCUCCGUCAUCUCACACAUCUAGGAGACAACUGGAGGGACAAGAGUGAUUUACCGGAACCAUGAAGGACCGCAUGCAAGAACUUAGACACGGGAAGGAGACGACAGAGGAGGAGGAUGAAGUCGCUGUGGGGAUGGAGAAAGGCUUCAUGGAUGAAUUCUUCGAACAGGUGGAGGAGAUCCGGGGUUUUAUCGAGUCUUUGGCAGAGAAAGUUGAGGAGGUGAAGAGGCAGCACAGUGCCAUCCUCGCCUCACCUAACCCCGAUGAGAAAACUAAGGCUGAGCUGGAGGAUCUUAUGGCAGACAUCAAGAAGUUGGCCAACAAAAUACGCUCCAAAUUAAAGAGUAUCCAGCAAACCAUUGAGCAAGAGGAAGGCCAGAACAGGUCAUCAGCUGACCUGAGGAUACGCAAGACACAGCACUCCACACUGUCCCGCAAGUUUGUCGAGGUGAUGUCAGAAUACAACACCACCCAGUCGGACUACAGGGAGCGCUGCAAGGGACGCAUUCAGAGACAGCUGGAGAUCACUGGGAGAAACACAACAAAUGAGGAGCUGGAGAGCAUGUUGGAGAGUGACAACCCGGCUAUCUUUACCUCGGGGAUCAUUAUGGACAACAUCACCGAGCAAGCUAUGAAUGAGAUCGAGACGCGGCACAAUGAGAUUAUCAAGCUGGAAAACAGCAUCAGAGAGCUUCACGACAUGUUCAUGGACAUGGCCAUGCUGGUGGAGAGCCAGGGUGGUCUGGUGAACAACAUUGAGCGGAGGGUGCUGGAGGCUCAGGACUAUGUGGAGCAGGCUAAGGACAACUUCCCAAAAUGCAAAAAGUUCAAAAAGACUAGCAAACGGAAGGUGAUGCUGAUAGGAGGUUGUGUUGCAGUAUGUCUGACCGUCCUCAUUAUUUCCCUCGCAAUCGGACUCAGUUAAGAAGUCCCUACAGAGCAGACAGGGCAGGAGGUGAUGCCUCCUUCUCAGGAUCACAUGUUAAUAUCCACUAAUAAUAUAGUGGCCUCUGGAUUUAUGUAGCCAGCCAAUAUUUUAAAUUAAAUUUUAGAUACAUUUUCUGAACGAAACAUUUGAAAACCUUGAGGGACAUGGUUGUGCUCUGUGUCUGUUUGUCAUGUGCACGUUCUGCAUUACACUGAUUGUCUGAUUGUCUUUGCAUGUUUUUUAUACGAAUGCUAAGAUGUGUGCUGAUGUUGAAUUAUAAUGAAAACAAGUGUGUGCUGAACUGUCUGUCUGUUACAUGCUUAAAAAACAUAAACUGUACCUUGUUGGUAGCGUUAAAGGAAUACUUCAACAAGUUGGCAAAUACACAUAUUCGCUCUCCUGCCAUACAUUUACUGUACAUGGUGUUGCAGUUUCUCUCCUCCAAGGAUUUGACUUAAAGCAAAUAAGUGUUGAAUUAUUCCUUUAUUCAAUGGAGACUGUUGAUUUUUCCAGGGUUUGAAUGUUGGACUGUGGCUGUUGUGGACUGUGUUAAAAGACAUGUUUUACAGUCUAACAUUGCUUUAAAGUCACUAUGUUGAUAUUCACAGAAAAAUUGAAUAAUCCCAGUAAAAUCAGCGCAGUUUGUUUUUACUUUCUGCUUGUUUCGGAAAAAAACUACAUGUUCCUGGUUCGUGCUACCAGCAGAUGGCCCCAAAAUUGACAAUUCCUAUAUUUCAACCAUAGUGGCUUUAAAUAUGGGAUCACUUGAUGUUUGUGGCCUGUGUGUAUAUAUCAUGUGUUGUUUGUUGUGGAGUGAACAAAAUGCAGGAACCAAAGAUUAAUGGUUCUACAAGUAGAAGAUGUUGUAGCACUUCUGAACCACAGUCACACAUCAUCAGACACAUUUAAAUCCGACCAUCUCUUUCCAAACUGCUGUUCCUUUAAACUGCAUUUUGUUCUGAAGAUUGUAAAUAUUAAAACAUGUGUUAAAGUCACAAUUCUAACAUGUUUUCCUCUGCUCCCUGUUUGCUCCCAUGGAUGACUCUUUCUCUGUUGUUUUUAAACA